GUCCGCCGCAGGGCGCGGCCUUCAGCGCCCCGCCUGACGCCCGUGGCGCCCAUGGGGAGGCGCCGCCGCCGCCUAUGGCCGCGGAUCAUGGCUUGCAUCAGCCCCACGCGCACCAUGCGCCCGCGGCCCAGCAGACGGGACCAGCCGUCCACGGAGGAUGCCCUGGUCCGUUUGGCAUGCCAGUGCCGCCGCCGCCGCAGCAGGUUAUCGGCAACGGCGUGCCGCCUGCCACGAACGGCCUAGGCAAGGGCUUCGGCGCCCAGCUACCGCCGCCGCCACCGCCUGCAGCCCAGCAGGCCCAGCAGAUUCAAAAGGACGCCUUCCAAGCUCAGAUGAUGGAUAUGAUGCAGCACUUUCAGUCGCAGAUGGUUGCCAUGGCUCCGCAGCAGGAUGCCAACAUAGCCCAGAUCGGGUUAGCCAUCACGGAGAUCAAGAGCAAUGUGCCGACCAGUGCCAGCUCGAGGUGCGCCUUCCCCACCGACGCCUGCCGCUACGCCCACGCCGAUUGCGGCGACACCGGCAGCCCGAACACACCAGCAGCCAAGGGACAGAUAACGGAGGAGGUCAAGGUGGAGGUCAAGCUCGAGGACCCUUGCAGCCAGGCCAACCAAGUCCCCCACCUGGAGCCGAUCUCGCCGACCCAGCCGCUCCAUGUGGGGGACCCGCAGAAAGAAGACAGAUCAGUGACAGCCCCCGUGCAUUCGGUCACAGCUCAGCCCAUCGACAUGCACGGUUCGCAGCAGUCGCAGAUGACAGCCUCCCAAAUAGUCGAGGCAGUUCGCAAGAUAGACUCCGCCCACGG